CAUUUAAAACAUAUAAUUUCAAUAAGCAGUUGCCUCAUAAAUUAGAAGAUUUUACAAAAGUUCUAAUGGUUAAUACUGUUGGAACCUUCAAUGUAAUUCGAUUGUCUGUUGGAUUGAUGGGAGUAAAUGAACCUAAUAAGGAUGGUCAACGAGGAGUGAUUGUAAACACAGCAAGUGUUGCUGCUUAUGAUGGACAGAUGGGACAAGCUGCUUAUUCUGCGUCCAAAGGUGCUAUUGUUGGAAUGACACUGCCUAUUGCUAGAGAUUUAGCGAGUCAAGGCAUUCGAGUGGUCACUCUGGCACCAGGUAUUUAUUCAACACCACUUCUACAACAACUUCCAGAGAAAGUAAGAGCAUUUUUGGCAAAAACUAUUCCAUUUCCUCAAAGACUUGGAGAGCCCUCUGAAUUUGCUCAUAUGGUACAAACAAUAUUGAAAAUCCUCUUCUAA